GAGCCUGCACGUCACGUGGGCCGGUCAGGUGGCGCUGCGGGGCGGACGGUGGACGCCGGGACGCGGUUUAUCUCUGGUCCUACGGAUCCGACCCCUGCUGUCGGUGCUGCCAUGACGGGGAUAGCGCUACUCUACUCCGGGGUCUUCGUGGCCUUCUGGGCCUGCACGAUCGUCGAAUCUGCUACACGAUUUUUGACUUGGGCUUCCGUUUUGAUGUGGCAUGGUUUCUGACAGAGACUUCCCCCUUCAUGUGGUCCAACCUGGGCAUCGGCCUAGCAAUCUCUCUGUCUGUGGUCGGGGCAGCCUGGGGUAUCUAUAUCACCGGCUCUUCCAUCAUUGGAGGAGGAGUGAAGGCCCCCAGGAUCAAGACCAAGAACUUGGUUAGCAUUAUUUUCUGUGAGGCUGUGGCCAUCUACGGCAUCAUCAUGGCGAUUGUCAUUAGCAACAUGGCUGAGCCUUUCAGUGCUACUGACCCCAAGGCCAUUGGCCAUCGAAACUACCAUGCAGGCUACUCCAUGUUUGGGGCUGGCCUCACAGUAGGUCUGUCGAACCUCUUCUGUGGAGUCUGCGUGGGCAUUGUGGGCAGUGGGGCCGCCCUGGCUGAUGCACAGAACCCAAGCCUCUUUGUCAAGAUUCUCAUCGUGGAAAUCUUCGGCAGUGCCAUUGGUCUCUUUGGGGUCAUUGUUGCAAUCCUUCAGACCUCCAGAGUGAAGAUGGGUGACUAGAUGCUCUGUGUGGGUGGGGCCGUGCCCCACUGUUAUUUAUUGCUGUUUUUCCUGGGACAGCUGGAGCUGUGCCCCUUAGCCUUUCAGGGGCUUGGUGUUCCGGGUCCUCCUGCACUCACCUGUUGCUGCCUGUUGACUUGGAGGCACUGCAGUCCAGGCUGAACCCCCAGUGUGGGAGUGGGCUGCUGAUAACUGUGUGUGCAGCUGUGCACCUGUACUCCCAACAUCCACCCCAAUCCACCUUCCCAGUGUUUGUGAAAUAAACAUGGUAUUUGUCCUGGUCA